UUCCUACUUCCUUGUCACCUAUUUACGUGGCUUGUUCCUCGUUUAGCGUCUCAGACGCAGCCAGCGACUGCCUGAGAAACAGCCAGAGACUGCCUGAGCUACAGAAACUGACUGAGCUUCAGCCAGCGACUACCUGAGAUACAUCAAGCGACUGCCUGAGCUACAGCCAGCGACUACCUGAGCUACAGUCAGUGUCCGUCUCUGAGUGAAGCCACAGGGCCAUGGCGAGUGCGGCUCCCAGUGGUAGCGAGGCUCCAGGGGAGUUGACCUGCCCCAUCUGCCUGGACGCCUUCCGCUGCCCCUGCACGCUCAGCUGCGGCCACUCGUUCUGCCUCAAGUGCGUGGAAGACGCUUGGGAUGCGGCCGAGUUCUUCUCCUGCCCGCAGUGCCGAGUGACCUUCCCUCGGAGGCCCAAGCUGAGCAAGAACGUGACGCUCACUAACCUCAUCGAGCAGCUGCGAGUGGCUGAGCCCAUGGCUGCCGAUUCUGCUGCUUCUGCUGUUUGCUGCGAUCAUUGCAGGGAGCCCGCAGUGAAGACUUGUCUCAAGUGUGAGACGUCGUUCUGUAUGACCCACGUCGCGCCCCACCGGGAGUUGGCAAAGUUUAGUGACCACGUCCUGGUGUCGCCCGGUGUGAACCUGGAGAAUCGACGGUGCGCGGAGCACGGAGACGAGUACCGCUUCUACUGCGUUAACGACGGACGCCUUGUCUGCAGGGACUGCACCGUCACUGUGGAUCAUCGAGGCCACGAGCUCGUCACUCUCAAGGUGGAGCACGACAAACGAAAGAAACAAGUGGGAGAGGAGACGCGGGCUGUGGAGGAGAAAAGGAAGGAGGCGGAGGAGUCCGUGAGGCAGAUGGAGGCCGAUCGUAGGGAUGUGCAGGGAUCCAUGACAGAUGAAAAGGUCUCAAUCUCGGUCAGAUUCACCCGCGCGAGAGCAGCGUUGGAUGCAGAGGAGAAGGCGGCUUUAGAGCAAGCGGAGCAGAAAGGGCGUGAGCUGCUGUCCCAGAUCGAGAAGAAGAUCGCUCGCUACCAGCGCGAGAUCAGCGAACUCCAGGCAGCAGCCACUCGUCUGCAGGCCCUAGCGCAGGAGAGGGACUCGCUCGCGUUCCUGCAGGGGCACCUGGAGGAGACGCGCAGGGCAGGGAGGGUUACAGCAGAUCCACACUCAGCUCCCAGCCAAGAGGACAUUGUCUCGCUUAAAGUCAACGAGGGAACUGUGGCCAAAUACCUGUGUGAGUUCUUCAGUGUGAAACAUGGAAUCGGGCUUCACCUGCACUGGGACGGGGGGCUCCUGGCGUUUUACCGUGCAGACUCCAUGGAGGUGAUCUACGAGUUUGCCUACAGAGCCAACAGGUCUGUGGACGACGCAGUUAACAUGGCCCUCCACUUCACCCUACAGCACCUGGACUCCCCAGCAUCCUAUGCCAGGAUCCUGUUUGUGGACUUCAGCUCUGCUUUCAACACCAUCAUCCCUGCCCUGCUUCAGGAUAAGCUCUCCCAGCUGAACGUGCCCGACUCCACCUGCAGGUGGAUCACAGACUUCCUGUCUGACAGGAAGCAGUGCGUUAGGCUGGGAACACAAGUCUCUGACUCCCGGUACAUCAGCACCGGAUCUCCUCAGGGCUGCGUCAUUUCCCCUCUGCUCUUCUCCCUGUACACCAACAGCUGCACCUCCAGUCAUCCGUCCGUCAAACUCUUGAAGUUUGCGGACGACACCACCCUCAUUGGGCUCAUCUCUGUCAACACUGUGGAGUCCUUCCGCUUCCUGGGCACUAUCCUCUCCCAGGACCUUAAGUGGGAACUGAACAUCAGCUCCCUCAUAAAGAGAGCACAACAGAGGAUGUAUUUCCUACGGCAGCUGAAGAAAUUCGACCUGCCAAAGACAAUGAUGGUGCACUUCUACACAGCCAUCAUUGAGUCCAUCCUCACCUUCUCCAUCACCAUCUGGUAUGCUGCUGCCACUGACAAUGACAAGAGCAGACUGCAGCCGUCUCAGACGCAGCCGGCGACAGCCUGA